UAAGGUUUGCGACAUGCCGUAAACCGUGCCUUUGGCAGUGAUCACGUGGAGCUGACAUGGAUGUUUUAGUGAGAAAACUGGAGCAAACUCAGCUUGAAUUAAACGUUGGUCUGCUGCUGUGUUGAGCAUGGAGAGCGAAUGACCGAGCUGUUCGUCCAGCUGUUCUCCUGCCCCGGAAGCCUGUGUGUUUUUGCGUGUUUCUGUGUGUUUUAUGCGAGAAAAUGUUCGUGUUGGUGGAGAUGGUGGACACCGUCCGAACCCCUCCGUGGUGCUUCCACAGACAGCUGAACGAGGCGGUCGCAGAGGAGCUCAACAAGAAACUGGCCAACAAGGUGGUUUACAACGUGGGUCUCUGCAUCUGUCUGUACGACAUCACUAAACUGGAGGACUCCUACAUUUUCCCAGGCGAUGGCGCCUCACACACCAAAGUUCAUUUCAGGUUUGUUGUUUUUCACCCCUUCCUCGAAGAGAUACUUGUUGGGAAAAUCAAGUACUGCAGUCAGGAGGGAGUUCAUGUGACGAUGGGCUUCUUUGAUGACAUUCUCAUUCCACCAGAGUCUCUGCAGCAGCCUGCUAAGUUUGAUGAGGCAGAGCAGGUUUGGCUCUGGGAGUACGAGACAGACGAAGGAGCUCAUGACCUCUACAUGGACCAAGGAGAGGAGAUCCGGUUUCGGGUGACAGACGAGGUCUUUGUGGACACGUCUCCAACAGGUCCAGCUGCUGCUGCGUCGGAUAACGCAGCGCAGCCGGGACAGUCCACAUCUGCGUCUGCAGAGGAGAGCACGGAGAAGAAAGAAGCGCCGUACACACUGAUAGGCACCAUCUGUGAGCCAGGGCUGGGACUGCUGUCAUGGUGGAACAAUUAGCACUACAGAAGAUGUGUUGUCCCUCAUCACCAGAGACCUGCUGCUGAAGAACUCUAGCUUUGUUACAGCAGCGCAGAUGAACUGAGAUCGGAGAUCCUGUCAGUGUGAAAGCAGCUGAUACCAGCUUCAUGUUUACAUGUACAGCUCGCUGUAAUGUGUUGAAUGACAAUUUGUGUUUGAUAGAUUUCAUAUGAGAGUUUCUAAAAGCUAUGAGUAAAUAGUUCACUAUUUUUUUGUUAUAAAGAAUUGAUUCUAAUGUCACAUCAUUUAAGGUAAACAAGCAAAAGUCUUCCAUGUUUUCUGAAAGUCCUUGUAAAUAUUUUGAAUUUAAAAAUAACUUGACUCUCUCCCUUGAGUCUUUCAGCUUUAUUUUUUUGUACUAUUCGGGGGCAAAAGGUAUUUCUGUAACUGAUUCUGGAAGUUGUCCCACGUGCAAAGAUGAAAGGAGUCUAAUGUUCAAGUGUAGCACUUCAACUGUGAGAGACAGAAUGUAAAAAAAAGGAUCUGGGAACUCACAUCAUUUGAUUUUUAAAGAAUGUAUUUAUUUAUUGGUGCAGAAAAUGUUUAGCUUUUACAAUCAAACAAGAAUUCUGUUCCUCAUAGACGUUUACUU